AAGAUUCAUCGAGAAAACUAAAAUGGCUCCGACGAAGAAAGGAAAGAAGACCAAAUCGGCGGCAGAAUCAACGACGGUCACAGAAUCUUCGAUCUUUCCGGCGUGUUUGCGUCUCCUUACACCUUCCUCCGUCGCCAUCACCAUCCAUGCGAAGCCAGGUUCCAAAGCCGCCUCCAUCACCGAUGUGAGCGACGAAGCGGUCGGCGUUCAAAUCGACGCUCCGGCUAGAGAUGGUGAAGCUAACGCUGCUCUUCUCGAGUUCAUUAGCUCUGUAUUGGGGGUGAAAAGAAGACAAGUCUCACUCGGUUCGGGAUCUAAGUCUCGAGAUAAAGUUGUGAUUGUUGAAGAUAUGACCCAACAAAGCGUUUUUCAAGCUUUGUCCCAAGCAUCAAAACCUACCUAAAGAUCCCCAAGCCUGUAACUAACUAUAUGGAGGAAACAAAACAUGAAAAGCUAAAUGCUUCAUGUUCACUUAAGGUACGAAUGGUUUGAAGAGUUUCAGGAUUUGUAACAGACUAACAGAGAUCAUUGGUUUGAUGAGUCUAUAUGCCAUGUAAGUUGACUAUUGCUUGUUAUAGAACUAUUGUGUUUAGUCUAGUCUCAAUUGAUUUGAAGUCAUAGAGUGAUUACUUUUACUAUGGGUUUAGGAUGGUUUUAUGUGUUUGUUAAUCCUUGGAGUAUUUAUUUUAAGUUUGGAUUUAUGAUGGUUUCUGUCUCUGUUGAUCCUUAUUUUGUCUUUGUAUUUUCUAAUCGUUUUUGACUUUGGGAAAAUGGAAUAAAGAGAAUAAACAAUGAUGGGCCAAAA